GAAUAUUUAUCCUAUUAAGUAAUACAGUACUAAUUAAUAAUGUGUCUAAUUGUACAACAUGAAUAAAAAAAUAUCGUUAUUCCGAAUUAGUAGCUGUUGAAUUCAGAAUGACCACAGAGUCCUUUUAUUAGAUUCGUCGUCACCCACUUUUCUUCUUCACUUUCCACUCCCACUAAUCGCACACAGAAAUCACUUGCUCCAUGACCGACCCGAAUAAUCGACCCGUUACCGGCUACCCCGCCGCCGCUGCUGCUCCGUCCGCCGUCUACCCUUACGCCGCACCACCGUAUUACAACAACAACAACAAUAACUACCCCUACCAAAACCCUUAUGCUACACAGCAGCGGAACAUCUUUCUCCGGCGAGUAAUUGCUAUACUCAUUGCUUCUACAAUUAUCACUGGAACGAUACUCUUUGUUAUCUGGCUCGUUAUUCUCCCACGUAUCCCUGAGUUUCAAGUCGAUUCGCUUUCGGUGUCUAAUCUCAACUUGUCGAAUUCGCUGAUAACUGCAAAUUGGGAUCUACAUUUUACUGCGAGAAAUCCGAACAAGAAGAUUACACUGUACUACGACGAAAUUGCUGCUGCGAUUUUCUUUGAAUCGCUAUCAAUGGCUGAUACAACGGUGCCGCCUUUUUUUAUGGAUAAGGGAAACGAGACGGGGAGGAAAGUUAGCUUUGUUGCAUCGGGGGCGUAUGUGGAGAAAUGGGCUUUUGAGGGUAUGGGUAAAGAGAGGGAUGAGAAGGGAAUUAUUAGAUUUAAUGUGAGGAUGGUAGCUAGGGUUAGUUUUAAAGCGGGAGCAUGGAGAGCAAGGAGGAGGUAUUUGAGGGUUUAUUGUGGGGAUUUAUCGGUUGGGGUUUCGUUGAACAAGUCUUCUGGGAAUUUGCUUGGAGCAGAAAGGCAGUGUCGGGUUGGGCUGUGAUUGAUGGUGGCGUUUUCAAUGAGGUUAUGAAUCCCAGUUGUUAUGAGCAAUUACCUGUAGUUAUCUUUGAGGUGACUGGUGACCUAAUAGUAUGAAAGUUCGUUCACACUGUAAGCGUGUAAAAGUGAGCUCUUCCAUAUCCUACCCUAUUGAAGCCGACGGCCCCUAUUUCCAGCUAUGCUUGGGACUUGGGAUCUCCAGGAGUUUUUAUCCUUGGGCAUGUUUUUACUCCCCCACCAGGUGAUUUAAGAGAGGGUUCUUUUGGUGUUGGUGCUAUAAUUCAUAUCACCAACUUGUAUAAACUGUUGCCUGGUCUGUGAAGCUUACCGCUCCAAUUUAGCUGCCUAUAGAUAUCUUUACUUUCCGCUUAUUUGCAUUGAAUUGUUAUAACACUUGUUUUUGCUCUAGACUGAGUAAAACUUGUACGUACUGGAUUGCCCAGCUUAGUGGUAAUUGAUUAGAAUCUAAUCCAUUCAUUUUAGUGGGAUAAAGUUUGUAUUGGCCUUGAAUUUGAUGUCGAUGACUGGGAACACCCUAAGAUCCUCUAUUCCUUGCUAUUCAUGUUUUUUAUUCUA